AUGUCAGAUAACACUACUUUAGACAACACAAGUGUCAACUCCGAAAAAGUCGUCGAUUAUGGUGAUGCCAUUCAUCACCACAACCACCAAGACCUAGAAAAAUUAGUCUCCAACAACAAGGGGGUGGCUAAGAUAGUCUCCGAGUUAGCUGAAGGUGCUGGUCAGUUAGGCCCAUUAGAACAGCCAUACGAUAUUCACAAGGUCGAAACCCAUCCAGAUCCUCACACAGAUUACAAUGCUGCCGAUCCAUGGAAGUACCCCAUCGACCAGGAAACACAAUUACGUUUGGUGGACUGGACACACAACGACAAGCACAACCCAAAAAACUUCAGCAAAGCAUUCAAAUGGUUGUGCACGGUCUUGUUAGGGAUGAUUUGUUUUGUUGUCGCCUUAGGGUCAGCUAUCGUUACUGGUGAUUUAGAAAGACCAGCAGCAGAUUUUGGCGUUUCCGAAGAGGUGAUUAUUUUGGCAUCAGUUACGAUGUUUGUUAUUGGGUUUGGUGUAGGGCCAUUAGUGUUUGCCCCAAUGUCUGAAGAAGUAGGAAGAAAACCUAUCUACGCCGUUACCUUAUUUGUUGCUGUGGUAUUUAUCGUUCCUUGUGGGGCCGCCCAAAAUAUUGCCACUUUACUUAUAUGUCGUUUGAUUGAUGGGACCGCUUUCAGUGCACCAAUGACAUUGAUUGGUGGGUCAUUAGCAGAUAUCUGGGAAGGGCCAGAAAGAGGUACUGCCAUGGCAGUGUUCUCCGCUGCUCCGUUCUUAGGGCCAGUGUGCGGUCCAAUUUUUGGUGGGUUGUUAUGUGAUUAUGCCCCAACAUGGAGAUGGAUAUACUGGACAUUCUUGAUUGUUGCCGGGUUCUUUUAUGUCGUGUUUAUUGUGGUCGUCCCAGAAACCCACCACGGAAUAUUGUUAAAAAAGAGAGCAAAAAAAUUGAGAAAGGAUACUGGCGAUUCCCGUUACAGAUCAUUCAACGAAUUGCAAAUCAGAACCUUUGGUGAGGUCGCCAAAACCUCCCUCUUACGUCCAUUCGUCUUAUUAGCCGAGCUCAUUGUCUUUUUGGUCACCAUGUACAUGUCUGUUUUGUAUGGUUUGCUUUAUAUGUUCUUUUUUGCCUAUCCAAUUGUCUACCAAGAAGGUAAAGGGUGGUCGGCAUCAAAAACUGGGGUCAUGUUCAUCCCCAUUGGUGUGGGUGUCAUCUUGUCAUCAUUAGCCGCCCCAUUUUUCAACAGGGACUACAACAAACGUGCACAAGUAUACAGGGACAGAGGCGAAUUGCCUCCAGCUGAAUUGAGAUUGAUCCCCAUGAUGAUAGGGUGUUGGUUUGUCCCCAUAGGUCUUUUCGCCUUUGCCUGGUCGUCCUACCAAAGAAUUUCGUGGGCCGGUCCGUGUUUCUCAGGUUUUGCCGUUGGGUUUGGGUUCCUUUUGUUGUACAACCCAGCAAACAACUACAUUGUCGAUUCGUACCAACAUUAUGCUGCGUCUGCUUUGGCCGCUAAAACAUUUGUUAGAUCCAUCUGGGGUGCAUGUGUGCCCCUCUUUACCAUCCAAAUGUAUCACAGAUUAGGCGACGAAUGGGCAACUUCCCUUAUGGCAUUCAUCUCCUUAGCUUGUUGUGCCAUCCCUUAUUUAUUCUACAUUUACGGGGCAAGAAUCAGAACCUUCUCCAAAUACGCAUACGCUCCAAACAUGGAUUCAAAAAAAUAA